AUGGAUGAUGCCGCUGUUCGUGUGAGUUUGGGAUUGAGAUUGGGGUUGUCUGUGGUCACAAAGUAUGAUUGCAAGUGGGGUGCAAGGGUGGAACCGCUGGGUUACCAGGGAAUAUCUUGUAGGUUGGGAUCAGGAAGAUGCAUCGGUUUUACGUCAACGGAGGCUGGGACCGCCGCGAUAAAAGCGUCUGACCAAAAAACAAUAAAAUAUGCCACUUUAAAUGAUAGCAUCAAAAUGUUUAUACCAGUUUGCAUUGAAACAUUUGGCCCAACUAAUGGGCAAACACAAACAUUUAUCAAUCAGUUAAUAGCAAAAGUUGUCGAGAUUUCUGGCAAUCCGGAAGCUAAACGUUACAUAAAACAAUAA